GAGGAAGUGACGCAUAAUGUGGCCGCCACCAAGAAUAGCCCACGUGCUGCGAGCUGCCUGCGGAGUGACGCUCUUUCUACAAUUUCUUGACUGAAACGUCCUCCCUGGUUUCAUGGACCCGUUUGGUUGGUACCCCCCUCCUGGGCCGCCCCCGGUGCUAACGCUCCCAGGGUUUGAGACUGAUAGGUCUGCAGAUUGGACAUCUUGGGUGCUUCCUCCUCCGCCGCCCCCGCCGCCUCCCCUCCCCCCUUCAUCAGAGAACUCCUGGGACUUCCAGCCGGCCCGGGACUGGUCCUGGGCUCCGGCUCAAGGCUACGAUGGUUUCGACCCUCAGCAGGGACACUGGUACCAACAGCCAGGCAGAAACUAUCAUUUCCCCAAGAAAAACCAUGACAGAUCAAAUAGAAAUUUCAAAAAUCAACAGAGUGGAAAACAGAAGCAAAAGAAAAAUAAGGAGCCAGUUUAUACCCAUUAUUGUGAUACUUGUGAUCGUGGCUUUAAAAACCAAGAAAAAUAUGAUGAGCACAUUUCUCAGCAUAGAACAUGCUCUGUUGAUGGUUGCAGUUUUAGUGCUCAUGAGAAGAUUGUUCAGAUUCAUUGGAAAAAUAUGCAUGGUCCUGGUGCCAAACGGAUAAAAUUAGAUACUCCAGAGGAGAUUGAAAAAUGGAGGGAAGAGAGAAGAAAAAACUUUCCAACCCGGGCGAAUAUUGAAAAGAAGAAAAUGUUGCAGGAGGAGAAAGAGCAGAGGGGAGAAGUAUUGACAACCAAACAGUUUGGAAAGAUGCAGAGGAAGUGGAAACAGCCGCACAGUGACGUGGCUGGAAAGCAGCCGUAUGGGAAGCACAGGAAGUGGCAGAAGUGGCAGAAAUGGCAUGGCGGCCGGAAAAUGCCAGAAAUGCAUGAAAACAUGACCAUAGGCCCUCCUCCAGACCAUUCCCAAGCACCUGAGCCACUUGUGGCCCAGACGGAAGUCUACCAGAAAGACGUUGAUCCCCUGGGCAUGCUGGCUGAUAGUGAGGCUGAAUCUGACAAGGAAGAGAAGCCAGAAAAUGUCGUCAUACCCAAGGAAGUCACAUCAGCUCUGGGCUUGUUGAUGACUAACUAUGGGAACAUGUCGGGGUCAGAGAGUGAGCCAGAGGAAACUCCCAUCAAGACAGAAGAAGACCCUCCAGGAGAAAACCAGGUCAUCCUCAGUGAUGUCCCUCAGAAUCAAAGUGAGGAUAUCAAGAAACAGGAAAGAAAUUCCCCUGUGGCCAAGACCAAGAGUUUAAGGAAAAAUUGGAUGAGAAAAAAUUGUAGGUAUAAGAGAGGCCUCUACAGAAAGAAGCCAGUAUCAGAACCACAGAAAAGGCGUCCACAUCUCCUAGAAAUGCUUUUAGCACAAGACAUAAGGCAUGAAAGAAAUGUGAUUUUGCAGUGUGUUCGAUACAUCAUCCAAAAUGACUUUUUUGGACUUAACUCCAAGGCAGAGCCACUAGAAAAAACUGAGAAUCGUCAGGUGUCUGAAGUUUCAGAAUCAUGAAUGUACCUAUCAGAAGUCUCCGCUAUGGCAUCUUGGAGGCCAUUCCUACAAGGAGGCGCAGACAGAAGGGACAACUUUUAUUCUGCGUGAUAAGUCUCAUGUAAGAUAUGAUCUCAGACUCUUUGGAUCUGUGCUUAUGCAGUCAGCAUGAUGUACAAGGUUUGCUGGCAGAAUUUUUUUUUUUUACUUACACUUUCGAUGUCUGGGGAAGUUCAGAGACACCCCACAGGUGACAUUAUGCUAAUGGAAUUUAAAAUGUAUAAUUCAUUUAAGCAGAGACCAAGAGGUAGGAGAUGGAGGGGCACGUAGGACAAUUGUAGAUUUUGUCAGUUGCUGCACACAGAGAGAACAUAGCUAUUUGGCUUUUGAUGAUGGUGACAAUAAAAAAUUAUGAGAUUCAAUUAAUACUGUAAAAGGGUCUUCAGAUGGACCUGUUUUAGUCCCAAGCACAUAUUUUCAAAUCCAGUUGUGCUCAAUCAGAUGUUGCACUUUGGAAAUGCAAUGCUUGUGUAGACAUGGUCUCAAUUUAUAUACUGUAGAUUCAACUGAAGUGUCCUUUGCUAUUGUUCAAGAUUGGACCAUUGUUUUUUUCUAGUGAAAAAGCAUGUAAAGUCUAAUAUUCAAUGAGGUUCAACUCAUUUUAUAGAAAAAGCAAUGUUGGUGAAAUAAUGUAAGCUUAGGUCCUAAGUUUCAAUUAGUUCAUCCUAAAGAUAAUAAUUUUAUCCUUAUUUUAAAGAAAUGUCUUCUCUGAAUAAAGCCAUUGAAGUCCUUUGCCUUUUAAAAUAACAGGGAUUUUUGUUUGUGUGUGCUUUUAAUUUUACAUCACAUUUACUAAUUAUAUAUGACUGCACUUUAGUGUAAGGUUAGAAAGGACCAGAAAAAUAAAUCUGUUACCCUUCUUCUGGCCUUUUUUUAAUCCUUCGCUUUCUUGGCCUUUGAUACCGUCUUUCAUACUACAGUCUUUGAUACUGUCAGUCAUCCCCCUUUCCUUGAUACUUUUUUUCCCUAGGUUUUUGUGACAUUGUUCUCUACCUAAUUGACCACUCCUUAUUUGUAUCUUCAUCUAGGCCACUUCCUAACCAUAAGUGGCCCCCAAAGCUCUGUCCUGGGAUUGCUUCUCUUCUUCUAUAGUAUUCUGCUUGGUGAUCUCAUUAGCUCCCAUGUAUUUAAUUAUUGUCUUUCUUCUGAUGAUUCUUAGAUCUGUUCAUCUAGGCUUACUUUCCUUCUGACCCAGCCUUGUAUCAUUGUGAUCAUAUGGAACUUCUCUAAUUGUAUGUCCCAUAGUCACUUUAAACUCAACAUAUCCAGAUUACCCUUUCCCCCCAAACCAUCCCCUCUUCCUGACUUCCCUUUCACUGUAGAAACUCACCACCCUCUCUGUCAUCCAAGCUUACAAUGUAGGUGUCAUCCUUGACUUCUUGCUUUCUUAUCCCCCAUAUCCAAUCUCUUUCUAAACCCUGUCAGUUCUACCAUCACAGCAUCUCUUCUAUGAGUUUUUGUUCUCCUCUGACACUGCCCUCAAUCUUGUUACUGACUCUCAUUACCCAUACCUGGACUUCUGGCAUUACCUGCUGGUGAGUCUUCCUGCCCCAAGUCUCUUGCUGAUCUGGCCUAUCUUUUACUCAGCUUUCAGUGCAAUCUUUUUUGAAAGCAUAGGUCUUGUGACCUUGCCACCCCCAGGAAACCCUGAUGGCUCCCUAUCACCUCCAGGAUCAAGCAUAAAAUUCUCUCUUUGGCUUUGAAUGCCCAUCAGAGGCCUUUACCUGACCUUGUCCUACCUUCUAAUCAUCUUAUAACUUGCUCCCCAGCACCUGAGAUCUAGCAACAUCAGCCCUCUUGGGGUUCUUUGAAUAUAAUACUCCCAUCUUCUCUUUCAGUGUUUCUGCACUAGCUGUUCCCUAAGCUUGAAAUGUUCUCUUUCCCCUUCUUGGAAUCCCUGGUUAGCAUCUAUAUGAGCUUUCCCACAAAGGUUAUUUUGUACCUGCUCUAUAUAUUUUAUCUAUAUGUGUAUAUAUAUAAUAUACAUUUUGUCUCCUUCAGUAGUAGGAUGUCAUUGAGGUCACUGAAGUAAGGGACUCUUUAUUUGACCUGGCAUUCCUGGCAACUCAUACAGUAUCUGCACAUCACAUCUUAAUAAAUACUUGUUCAUUGAUUGAUUUAUUCACCCCCUAAAGGACUCCCCAAACUUGACUCCAGUAGCUUUGCAUUAGAGGUUUCCUCAAAGAUGAAAUUUACUGUAUUGACAAACACCACAGGAAAAUUUCAACCUAAAAUUUAAGUUAGAAGCAAAUAUUAAUCACACUGGAGGGGAUUCAAAUGAAAUGUAUUCACAUUCAUUGCAUUCUGUAGAAAAACAACCUAAAGGAUAUCUGAUUGCCAACACAAUAAUUUGUGUUAUUUAAUCUGUUUUUACCUUCUUGUUCUCUGUGAUAUUGCUCUCUGAUUAAUAUGUUGUCAAAUAAUAAUAAUUAACAUCUACAUUACACUUAUUUACUAUGUACCUGACACUAUGCUAAGUACUUUCCAGUUUUUAUCUCAUUUGAUUCUCACAACAGACCAUUCUGUUUCUAAGAUUAAGGUGUUGACCACAUUUUACAUCAUCUGAUUGAGAGGAUCCUGACUCUAGGGUCUUAUUAAUCAGUAGUGGAUAACAUUGAGGCAAGAUGUCUGGAUGGAUGCUUUUGUCAACUUUUUCCAACAGUAGCCAUAAUGACAUCUUGAGAGCACUGACAUGUGGCCUAGCCUCCCUCCCUCCCUUCCUUUCUUUCUCCUUCCCUCCCUUCCUUCCUUCCUUCCUUCCUUCCUUCCCUCCUUCCCUCCCUCCUUCCCUCGAGCAAGGCUUGACUUCUGGAAGACAUGAGUUCAAAAAGUCAUUUAACCUCUGUUUCAGCAACACCUGUGUGGAUCAAAUUAGAUAUUUGUGAAUUGAUUAGCACAGUUCCUGGCACAUAAUAAGCACUCUAUACAUGCUAUUUUCUUCCUCAUUUUUCCAAACUGUCCUUGCUGCUCCUCAAAUACAACUCUACACCCCUUAUCUCCAUGCCUUGGCUCUGGCUAAUCCUCAUGCUUCAAAUGUACUCUCACUUCACUGCCCAUUUUAAAAACCUGUAUUCUCAUCAAAAUUCCAUUCAGGCAACAUUUUCCCCAUCCCCUUCAGUUGCUUGUUCCUUCCCUAAUCCACUUCCUGGAUCAUUCCCCCUUGUAUUUAUUUUGUAUUUAUUGAUUUAUGAACAUGUUGUCUACUCUGAUCAAUCAUAAUAAGCUCCUUGGGGGCAGGGAAGGCUUAAUUUUAGUCAUUGUAUUCUCAUUCAGCACAUGUAUGCUAUCUGGCACAUAGUAAGUGUUUAAGCCUAGGGAUAUCUUUUAUAGUAUUUCUUGUUCAAAGUUUAUCACUGCUAAAGUACUACCACAAAUGUACACUUGUCAUGGGGGGAAGGGGAGGCCUUCAGUGCUCUUUGGGCCACCUGUAAUUUUGAUUCCUCUGAAAUGGUGAUUUUCUAUCAUUUGAGAUACUAGAACAGCACUGGGAGAAUACUAGUAUAAAAAGAUGGGCUUCAAUGUCAGGAAACAUUGAAAAGUGCCACCCACUUUCUUAAAUACAUCUUAAUACAAUCUUAAUUUUAAUGAACACUUAAAGACUUAACUAAAAAAUACAUCUUAAAUACAGUAUCUAUAAAAUGAAGAUAUUGGACUAUAGAUAGCCUCAGGUCUCUUCCAGUUUUAAAUCUAUAAUCCAAUGGCUUUUCUAAAAUAUGACAGCCAGAAUUAAAUUUUGUAUUCCAAAUCAGAUCUGACCGGGACAAUUUGUUAAUAUGUUAAAUAUUUCUGUUAACUAAAAGUACAGAUGAAGAAAUUAGCUAAGGGGAAAAAAUGCAAAUAAUGUGAAUAAAUACAGAGAUUAAUUAUGCUGUAUUUCUGUUGUGGUACUGAGCCUUUCACAAAGAGGCUUAACAGGCUGGAAUUUCAGAAUCAAGAAUGAAAUCCCAUUUUUGUUCUUUAUCACUCUUGCCAUAUGCUGCACCCUGGAGUAUACCACAUUCUAUAAAAUACAUAUUUUAUUGACAUUUUUUGAGUCUUCUCAUAAAGACACCAAGUAGACAUCUCUUCCUGAACCUCUGUGUUUUGCUAAGUCUCAACAAUUUCCCCCUGGAGUGAAACAAGUAUCUUCUCUUGAUUCCCUUUUCGUGGGUCAUAGGGAUUUUCACAUCCCAGCAUGAGCAUCCUUCAUCUUUAGCUCUUGAUAUAUUAGUAUUUCCUAUACUCUGGAGUCAGGGACCUUCAGUUUAGUUGCUUCAUCUUUGAUUUUCUUCUAUUUCCAUUCUUUUUCAUAGUCCUGACCUCUAGAAUUUGUUAAGAAGGUUUAAAAAUAUUUCUUGCAAUUACCAAUACUUUACAGUGGGAAAUUAAACCCCUGAACUUUCAGCUGUAGUGGUUAAUAACUUUGUCAUGCCAAAGUGACUCUGUCCCAUUUUUAAGUUGCUUUGUGUUGAGAUGCUUCAGUUCCUUUGCCGUGUCUGGUUUUAUGUUGUCUUAUGCAGUAGUUUUAUUCUAACAGAUUACUUAAUUGAUAAUUGUUUAACAAGUCGCUCCAAAUCUAAGCAGAAAGAGCAAAAGAAAUAAUAAUAAUAAUAGCUAACUUUUAUGUAGCACUUGAAGGUUUGCAAAGUGCUUUAAUAAUAAUAAGAUUUAUUUAGUGCUUAUGGGAACAACUAGGUGAUGUAGUGAGUGAUUCAGGUGCCAGGCCUAGAAUUAGGAAAACGUGACUUCAAAUCUGACCUCAGACAUUUACUAGCUGUGUGACCCUAUGCAAAUUAUUUGGCCUGUUUACCUUAGUUUCCCCAUCUAUAAAAUGAGGAUGAUAAUAAUAGCAUCUACCUCCCAAGGUUGCUACAGGGAUCAAAUCAGAUAAUAGUUGUAAAGUGCUUAACAUCGUGCCUGGCACAUAGCAGAUGUUAAUAUAAAUGUUAGCUAUCAUUAAUAUUAUUAACUAUUACUUUAAGGUUGCAGAAUGUUGUAACAAUAAUAGUAGUUGGCAUUUUGAGGUUUACAAAGUCUUCCUUGUGAGGUAGGUGUUAUUAUUAUCCAUCCCCAUUUUAUAAUCUGCUUUCCCAAGAUUGUUCAGUGACUGUCUGAGACUGGGUUUGAACUCAAGCCUUCCUGAAGCCAGGUCCAGUAUUCUACUGGAACACCAUCUAGCUACCUCUGAAAUGGAAGGCAGUAAUUAUAAACUUUUUUUUUUUUAGCAGUUUGACUCUGAACAGAAGAGAUACAGAAUGAUAGGGAAGUAGUAAGUAGAAAGAAUAUUGUACUAGAUUUGGAGUCAGAGGACUGUGGUUCAAAUCCACCCUAUUACUUAAUUUGAAUGUUCUUGGAAAAAUUGCUUAAUAUAUCUAGUCUCUAGUUUCUUAUUGGUAAAAACAAGAGGAUUGAACUAGAGUCCAAGAUCCCUUCCCAAAUCAAAUCUAUGAUCCUAUAAAAAUUGAUGUGAUGAUGUGUAUAUCAAAUAUGUAGAUCACACAAAGUUAAGAAGGAUAUUCAGUAUACUAGAUGACAGUCUAGAGAACUGAAGUGAAUUUAACAACUAAGAUAAAAUUCAAUAGAAAUAAAUAUAAUAUUUUAUAAUUGGAUAUAAAAGAAUCAAUUUCACAAACAUAAAAUGGUAGAUUGUAAGCUGACAAGUCAGCAGUGUGAAGUGCUAGCCAAAAAAACUCAUCAAACCUUUGCAUUACCAGAUACAUACUUUCCAGGAAUAGGGUACUCCUGUAAUCUGUCCUUAUCAGGCUUCAUCUGGAGUAUUGUGUUUCAUCCUUUAGUUUUUACCUGAAUAUUUAGAUUGAAUUUCCCUCUGAACAAAGAAAGACUGGACCUAGUAGCAUGUUCUCAGAAAAAGUAUAUAAGAGAACAGAAUGGAGGCAAAUAAUACGAUUAGCAAUUAUAAAUGCAAAGGGGAUGAAUUCAGCCAUAAAAUGUAAGAAGAUAGCAGAAUGGAUUAGACAGCAAAACCCGAAAAUGAGAUGUUUACAAGAUACACACUUGAAACACAAAGAUUAAUGAGUUAAAAUGAGAAGCAGGAACAAAAUCUGUUAUGCUUCAAAUGAACUAAAAAGGCAGGGGUAGAUUUCAGAUAAAGCCAGAGAGAAUGUGGUUAAGAUUAGGAAGAGAUAAACAGGAAAAUUACAUUAUGUAUACAAUAUACAUUAAAGGCAGCAUAGGUUGUGAUUCAAUAUCAGUAUUUAAUAUGUAUGUACCUUUGAUCAUAUGUAUAUGUGCUAUGCCAUAUUAUAGCAUCUAAAUACUUAAAAGAUGAGUUAAUCAAAAUGGAGAGAGAAAUAGACAGUAAGACUAUAAUACACCCCUUUCAGACCUAGACAAAUCUAACCAAAAGGUAAAAAAGGAAGAACCUGAAUAGAAUUGUAGAAAAAUUUGAGAUGAUUGAUUGCUUAUGUCAACUUGGAAUCUUGGGGGAACAGGGAUAAACUUGGAGUCUCCAGAUUCCAAAUUGACACUAGCUAUUACUGCAUAAAAAUAGAAAGGAUGACUACUCAGAUGUACAUGGCAGCUUACCAAGUAGCCAAAUAUUAAAUCAUAAAGACUACACACCUCAAAAAUGUAUUUAAAAAUACUAAACAUUUUGCUGAUUGUAAUGCAACAAAAUUUUAUUAGAUAAAGGGUCCUUAAAGCACAAAUCAAGAAAAAAUUGGAGACUAAAUAAAAAUUUAAUGAGUCAAAGAACAGCUUGUAGACAUAAUAGAAAACUUUAUCAAAUAAUUAGAUAACAGACCAAAAGCUAUACAAUAUUAAUUAAAAUAGCUGAAGGCAAAUUUUGUGUUUCUAAGCAAUUUUAUGAGUAAAAAAAAUAAAUCGCAAAGAAUUGGAUAUGGAAGUUAAAAAGCUUGAAAAACUUUCUCAAGAAAAUAACAGUUGAAAUUCUGAAAAUUAAAAAGAUACAAACAAAAUAAUUUUAUUUUAUUUUAUAAAAUAAAAAAAUACAAAUAAAACUAAACACAACAUUAGACUGAAAUAAAGAGUUCAAUAAAAGCUAAUGAAAUAGCUAGCUAAUUUUUUUUAGGAAAGGAAAACCAAAUUAUUCUCUUCAAAAAUGGGGAAAAAAAGAACUCUUCAACAUUUGAAGAGGAAAUAAAGAACAUUACUAACAACUCUUGCCCAAGUAUAUAUUACAAAACUGAUAAUUUAGGCAAAGUAGAUAAAUACUUACAAAAAUACAAUAUGCCCAGAUGAAUUGCAGCAAAAGAAAUUAACUAAGUAACGCAGUAUUAGAAAAAAAAAGUUGAACAAGAUAUAAAUGAACUCUGAAAGAGCAAUUAAUUCCAGUACUACUCAAAUGACUAAAAUAAUAAUAAAAGAACAAUACUAAUAUAUUAUUAAUAUCUAAAUUAGUGAGAGUCAAAAUAGAAAACUAUAGAGCAUCAUCUCUAAUGAACCUUUGAUGCAAAAUUUUAAAUAAAAUAUUAACAAGUAGGCUAUAACAAUAUAUUAGAAAGGCAUAUGCCAAGACUGGGUUGGGUUUAUACCAAGAACAAAAAGGUCAGUUUAACAUAAAGAAGAUAAUAGACUAAACCAUGUUACCAUGUUAAUAAUAGCAAUCAUAUGAUUAUAUCAAUAGAUAUUAUUAAAGCUUUUGACAAAAGCUAAUAUGUUUCUUUUAAAGCUCUAGAAAUAAUAGGAAGUAUGGAUCUGUCCUUACCAUAUGAAGUAGUGUUUACCUAAACUUAAACAAAUACUACAUUCAGUGAAAAAUAAAGACCUUUCUAAUAGAAUCAGAGGUAAAACAAAGAUGCCUGUUAUUACCAUCGCUAUUAACAUAGUGCUAAAAAUUCUAGCUACAAUAAGAAAAAAGAAA